GAGCCUGUUGGCAGAAUAAAUAACCUGGACAAAACAUAUAAUUGUCAUUUUACAUAAGAAUAUAUUAUUAAUUUUUACUAUGGAAGAACCAAUAUUAGAAACUGAAAGUGACGACGCGAUUUUUUACGAUGUGAUUUGUACGGAGGUAGACGAAAACGCGAUCGAUGACGACAUGAUAAAAAAUCCCGACUUGGAGAUUGCGCAGCUCAAGUUCCUGCUGACCCUGCCAGAGUUUUCCGCUGAUAAAUCAAAAACCCAAAAACUAAUGGAUCAUGUUAAGAAGAAUCAAAUGGCCCCUUAUUAUGAACUAAUUUGUAAACAACUAAAUUGGAAUAUGGACAAAUCACUUAUGAAGGACAUGACAGAAUCCAACACGAAAGCACUCGACUCUCUCGAAUCGGAAAUCGAAUACGCGACGAACAAUCUGGGAGCGAUCGACACUAAAGUGGCCCUUCUGAACAAGGCGGACUAUUUAAGUCAAAUAGGAGACAAGGAGGAGACAAUAAAAACCCUCGGGAAAGCGUACGCGCUUACGGUGGCAUUGGGUUGCAAACUGGAUAACGUCUUUCACUGUAUCCGGAUCGGGUUGUUUUUCAACGAUCUGGAUCUAAUACGCAGUAAUCUGAGUAGGUGCGAGCAUUUGAUUGAAGAGGGCGCCGAUUGGCAUUAUAGGAACUGCUUUAAGAUAUAUAAAGGUUUAUACUCUUUGGCGAUCAGAGACUUCACAACCGCCUGCGCCGUUUUCACAAACGCAAUAUCAACAUUCGUUUGCACCGAGUUAAUUUCCCUAGAUCUCUUCAUCAAGUACACCAUUAUCUCCGCAAUGAUCGAUCUGAACCGUAUGGAACUCAAAAAGAAGAUCAUCACCAACCCGGAUGUCCUCCAAGCCAUCCAUUACCAGCCGAAUUUGAAAAACUUUAUUUUCUCAUUGCAUCAUUGCGACUACAAGACGUUCUUCCGUGCGUUGGCCGACGUGGAAACCGAGCUGAAGCAUGACAUGCUCCUCCACGCCCAUUAUCAAUAUUACGUGAGGGAAAUGAAAGUGAAGGCUUACGAUCAGUUACUGUCAACGUACAUAUCAUUGAAGAUCAGUUAUAUGGCCGAUCAGUUUGGGGUGAGUGAGGAGUACCUCGAGGAGGACGUGAGCAGAUUUAUAGCGGCGCAAAAGUUGAAUUACAAAAUCGAUAAGGUGAGCGGGAAGAUACUGAACGUGCAAGCGAACAAGAGGCAGGAGAUGUUCGAAAACGUGACCAAGCAGGGCGAUUUGCUGCUGAACAGGAUUCAUAAGUUAAGCAGAGUGAUCAAUAUUUAGUGUAUCUUCCUUUCUCUCGGACAUAAAAAGUCCAUUAAAUCGCUUUCGAAUGCAUGGCAAAGUGGGUCACGGAAUGAUCGAAACCGGCCAUUCUUCGGUUGUGUGUCAAGGUUAAAAGCAAUAAAAUUUUGCAGGGUUUGCAAGGA